UUAUUUAUCUUAGAUUAUGGCGGAAAGCAGUUCUCUCUCUUGGAUGUCUCUUUUCUACUCGUGUGUACAUUGAUUAAACCAGCAAUGGAUACUGCCGAGAGUUCAGAGAGGACUUUGCUGGUAAAUCGUCUCAGUGACUCUGACGACAGUUUGAAGAAUGAAAAGAAAGGGUUAUCAGUAGGGUUAGCAUCUGUCUUCAUUGUGGGAGAAAUGGCUGGCAGUGGAGUGCUGGCACUACCCAAAGCCCUUGCCGAGGCAGGUUGGGGUGGAUUAGUUUUGCUAUUUGUGAUUUGCAUAAAUACUUUGUACUCAGUAAUUUGCCUGGGAAGAUGUUGGUCCAUUUUAGAAGAAAGGUACGAAGAGUAUCAAGACAUCAAGUUCAGGUAUCCGUACCCUGCAAUUGCGUACAGAGCAGUAGGCCCUAAAAUGAGAUACAUCGUCUCUGUUUGCCUUCAAGUGACCUUGAUGGGCGUGGCAACAGUAUUUCUUCUACUAUCAUCACAACUAAUUAGCAGCUUAGCAUCAAAACUCGGUGUUGAUUUCUGUUUCUGGAUUCUAAUAUUAGCUGUCAUUUUGUGUCCUCUUAUGUGGUUGGGAACUCCUGAUGAUUUCUGGCCUGCUGCAGUUGUAGCUUUAGUUACCACAGUAUCCGCAUGUAUCCUGAUCGUGGUUGAUAUUUCCAUGGAGCAGUCUGCAUCGACAAGUCAUAAAUCACCAGAUAUCGCAUCGUUCUUUUUGUCAUAUGGAACUAUUCUCUUCUCUUUCGGAGGGGCAUCUACAUUUCCUACGUUCCAGAAUGACAUGAAAGACAGCAAGCAAUUUUCGAAAGCUGCUAUAGCAGGGUUUUCUGUUCUGUUGCUUCUGUACGUUCCAGUUGCCGUCAUGGGCUACAAGGCGUACGGUGAUACGUUAGAUACUAAUGUUAUACUUUCAUUACCAGAAUCGUCCGUAAAAGUAGUGAUUGAAAUUCUUAUGGCUUUGCAUUUAUUCUUCGCAUUUCUUCUGGUCAUAAACUCUCCGGCACAAGAACUGGAAGAAUGUUUGAAAAUUCCAAACAGUUUUGGAUGGCAACGCAUUGUUCUUCGAACAGUAAUGAUGCUUGUAAUCAUUUUCAUUGGGCAGAGCAUGCCUCACUUUGGGAAGCUUCUUAACUUAAUCGGAGGAUCUACGACGGCUUUCACUACGUCAGUCUUUCCGUGUUUCUUUUACCUGAAACUGUGCUCCCAGGAAUACACAGGUUGGAAUAAAAGGACAAUUCCACUUUGGGAGAAAGUGUAUCUCAUUGCAGUCAUUCUUUUCGGCUUAAUAGGAGGAAGCAUCUCAACUUAUUCAGCCAUUAUGGACAUAAUUAAAGCAGACUCUUUCACUCCCCCAUGUUACGUAAAUAUCACUGCUGCUAGUCGACAUUAGAGUGAAAUCUCUUCGCAUUUUGGCUAAAGAUAAGCCACAUACCUGAUUUGUCACGUCCAUUAUACAGUUACGUUUUUCAUGCUUGUUUUUACAUGUGCUUUCCUUUUGCCAAUAUCUUAGUAAAUUAUAGAUAGUUUGAAGAAUAAAUCGUUGGA